ACACGUGUACGGUGCAAAAUGGGAGUUUCUUACCAACUCAUGCUACCGCAUAUGCUACUAACGGCAGCUGCUACUGCAGCAUUAGUAUCACAUCGUAUUGCCGAGACUGUCUGCGAGGAUCGCUGUGGAGACGUCGUAAUCCCAUAUCCGUUUGGCACAACCACUGGUUGUUUCCUUGAUGAUAAUUUCUUUAUCACUUGCAAGAAAUCAUCUAAUCCUCCACAACCAUUUUUACGGAAAUCAAAUAUUCUUGUGACAAACAUAAGCAUUAAUGACGGCAGGUUGCAUGUCAUGAGCACUGCAGGACGGGACUGCUACCGUGAGGGGGGAGAGUCUGAUCCGAUUAGCACCCGCCGCAUGUUUUCUUUAUCCGAAUUCACCAUCUCCAGCACCGAAAACAUGUUCACAGUUAUUGGCUGUGACAGUUACGCUUACAUUGAAGGGUACAUCCGUAAUCGACUGUACACAAGUGGCUGUAUGUCCUUUUGUGAUAAACUUGACGAUGUCGAAAACGGAACUUGCGCCGGCACUGGGUGUUGCCAAAUAGAGAUUCCAAAAGGGCUAAAACAAAUCAAUUACUCAGCCCAUAGCUUUGACAAACACGAAAGUGUAUUGGAGUUUAAUCCAUGCACCUUUGCAUUUGUCGUUGAAAAAACCAAGUUCAAUUUCUCCUCCAGUUAUAUUUGGAAUAUAACAGAGGAAGUUCAUACUGUGCUUGAUUGGACAGUGACUGACCACGGCGAAUGUGAAAAUGGAAGCAGCUCAUCGAUGAAUUACGCAUGUAAAGAAAACGCCAAGUGUAUUGUUCCUGAAGAUGGCAGUCCCGGGUAUCGUUGCCAGUGCCAACCUGGUUACGGAGGGAACCCAUACCUCCCUAAUGGUUGCGAAGACAUCGAUGAAUGCAACGAUUCAAGGCUCCAUAACUGUACACACAAAUGUGAAAACCAAGUGGGAAAUUACACUUGCAGUUGCAGAAAGGGGUACCAUGGUGACGGAAGAAAAGAUGGAACCGGUUGUACACUUAAUCAAUUAUCAGUCAUUAAGGUCGCUCUUGGUGUUGGCAUAUUCUUUGUGGUUCUGCUUGUGAGUAGCUCUUGGCUCUACUUGGUUUUGAAGAGGAGAAAGCUCAUGAAGCUUAAACAAAAGUUCUUUCAGCAAAAUGGUGGUUUACUUUUACAGCAGCAACUCUCCAAACGAAGUACAUCUUCUGAAACAGCAAAAAUCUUUGCUGCAGAAGAACUCAAAACCGCUACCAACAACUAUGAUGAGAGUAGAAUCAUUGGCCGGGGAGGCUUUGGCACUGUAUAUAAAGGAUUUUUAGCAGACAAUAGACCAGUUGCCAUAAAGAAGUCCAAAAUAAUAGAUAAAAGCCAAACUGAGCAAUUUGUUAAUGAGGUGGUUGUGCUCUCACAAAUCAACCACAGAAAUGUGGUCAGGCUUUUGGGUUGUUGUUUAGAGACUGAAGUCCCUUUACUAGUUUACGAAUUUGUCAACAAUGGUACACUCUUUGAGCACAUCCACAAUAAAGACAAGGCACCCACCAUUUCUUGGGAAAAUCGUCUAAGAAUAGCUGCAGAAACUGCAGGAGUGCUAUCCUAUUUGCACUCGGCUGCUGCUACUCCAAUUAUACAUAGAGAUGUCAAGUCCACCAAUAUACUCUUAGAUCACAACUUCACAGCAAAAGUGUCUGAUUUUGGAGCUUCAAAGUUGGUCCCAAUAGAUGAAACUCAAUUAUCCACAAUGGUGCAGGGCACUCUUGGGUACUUAGACCCGGAAUACUUGCAUACUAGCCAAUUGACCGAGAAAAGUGAUGUCUACAGUUUCGGAGUUGUCCUUGCGGAGCUAUUGACAGGAAAGAAGGCACUUUUGUUUGAAAGGCCUGAGGAGCAGAGAAGUUUGGUUAAGUAUUUCGUUACUUCAUUGAAAGAGAGUUGUUUGUUUGAAAUUCUUGAGAAUCAUAUCGUAAACGAUGGGAAUGAAGAGCAGCUCAAGGAAGUGGCAGAGCUAGCAAAAAUAUGCUUAAACGUGAAAGGGGAGGAGAGGCCUACAAUGAGGGAAGUAGCAAUGGAAUUAGAUGGAUUAAGAAUGAUGCAUAAACAUUCGUGGGUUAAUGCCGAAUUGAAUCCUGAAGAGACAGAGCGCUUGAUCUAUGAUAACUCAGAUGUUUAUAAAUAUGGUGAUGGUAGCAACACAACUGCGGGGUACGACAGCCUCAAAGACCACGUACUGGAAGUGCUCGACGACGGGAGAUGAUUAUUGCUGCAUGAUCUUACGAUUAUAUCUAUUCCUAUGGACUUCGUUAUCCAAUAAGACACUGUCACUGUCAGAGUUUGAACAUUUUUAAAAAUGAUUUAGCUGUAGUUUCAUGUAUAAGUCAUUUUAAUUUUGUUAUUGUUUUUUAUUUGCACUUUCAUUUUCAGAUCGUAAUGUAUUACAAAUGAACUUGGUUUUGUGAAAGUUAUUUACUGUCAUAUAUGAUAUAUCUGAGUUCUAUGGAAACCCUGCACCACCUUU